UGUUGGACUUUCUCUUACAGGUGGAUGGAACAGAUCUGUUUCACUUUGUUGAAAGACAUACAACAUGGGGUGAUUAUUUAACAGACAUGGAGCAAGAUGGCACCUGGGGUGAUCAUUUGAUUCUCUGGGCUGCUGCAAACUGCUAUAGAAUAGCCAUUCAUGUGAUUAGCAGUCUUGCAAAUAACAGUGAGAUAAUCAUUAACCCAGAUUCUCCAUUGGAUAAAAACAAGCAUCUUAUACUGGGACAUGUCCAUGAAGUACACUAUGUCAGCCUUCAGCCCUUGCAAGGUUUAUCCGAAAUCAGAACAACUACAUAUAUACCAUACGGGAGGUUUAAGAGACCAGUAUCUGUCAGUGCAGAUCAGCCUCACAAGCAACUCAGGAAAGAAUUAUCUCUUCAUGACCAUUGCAAAGGUUUCAAUAGCUAUGGCUUGCCUGCUCCUUUAACAGUAGAUUACAGGAAUCCUCCUGCCACAUUUGUUAAUCCCAAUUACCAAGAGAGCCAAAGCUUUCCUCAGGGUUUCAUUAGGCAUGAGCAGUUGCCUUCAUUAGUGAAUCAGAGUCAGUCAUCACCUCAAGUCCCUACUUGGACUCAUCCAGUACCUAGUUACCAUAGUAACCACACGCAGGAUUCCUUUGGUUUUGGACUACCAGCCAGCUCAAUUCGGCCAGAUCCUGUGAACAAGAGAGUUUCCUCAGGUUUUACCUGGCCAUCCUCAUCUGUGAGUAAUAGACAUGUGCCUUCUCAAGUGGCCACUCCCCUCCCCAAAGAACCCAGUUAUGAAACACUUGGUUAUACAAGUAAGUAGGCUAAAAAAUUAUAC